CAGUAGUAAGGAGAUUACAUGAGGAGGAGGUUUGUUACAGUGUGUUAUCAGUGUGUGAUCCCAGUAGUAAGGAGAUUACAUGAGGAGGAGGUUUGUUACAGUGUGUUAUCAGUGUGUGACAUAUCACUGUUCCUCAUGACUUAAAUAAACACCAAGGGUCGUUAAGGGGUUAAAGUAUUAAAGCGCCAGAAUAUAAAAAAAAAACAGGAAAUGGAGAAUCACCAUAGAGUCUGAAUUGUGGUUUUGUCCUGAUGAUCUUCUGCGCUGCAGAAUAUCAUCGGCAGGACUCUGCUUUCAAUCACAGCCAGGAUCCCACCACAGCUGCCGAGACUAAGAUCGCACUGGUGCUGACACUGUUAACCCCAUAGAUGCUGUGGUUCCUAUAAGGUGUCAGGACGUGGCGGUCUAUUUCUCCAUGGAGGAGUGGGAGUAUGUAGAAGGACACAAGGAUCAGUACAAGGAUCAGGUGAUGAUGGAGGAUCAGCAGCCCCUCACAUCAGCAGUCAGAUCCAGUAAGAGAACAGCAGCAGAGAGGUGUCCCCGUCCUCUUCUUCCACAGGAUCAGGAUCAGGGAGAAGAUCUGAACAAUAUUAAAGCUCCAGAGACAGAUGUGAGAGGUGAUGAGCAGUAUAAGGAGGACAUUCCUACAGGGGAAGACCUGAUUUAUAUUAAUGCUACAGACAUAAAGAAAGAAGAGACAGAUGUGAGCAGUUAUGAACAGUAUAAGGAGGCAAUUCCCACAGGGAAAAAUCUGAUCUAUAAUAAUGCUACAGACAUAAAGGGAGAAGAAGAGACAGAUGUGAGCGGUGAUGAGCAGUAUAAGAAGGACAUUCCUACAGGGAAAGAUCAGAUCUAUAUUAAUGCUACAGACAUAAAGGGAGAAGAAGAGACAGAUGUGAGCGGCGAUGAGCAGUAUAAGGAAGACAUUCCUACAGGGAAAGAUCUGAUCUAUAUUAAUGCUACAGGCAUAAAGGGAGAAGAAGAGACAGAUGUGAGCGGUGAUGAGCAGUAUAAGAAGGACAUGCCUACAGGGAAAGAUCAGAUCUAUAUUAAUGCUACUGACAUAAAGAAAGAAGAAGAGACAGAUGUGAGCGGUGAUGAGCAGUAUAAGGAGGACAUUCCUACAGGUAACUGCUCAGAUUCUUGUACCAGGAGAUCAGAGGAGAAUCUUAUAUCUUCAUAUUAUAAAGCAGAUGAUGAUAUCACACAAGAUACAUAUGAAGAACAUUCCAUUAUCCCAGAUACACCCUCAGCCCUUCACAGACAAGAUCUGUCAUUUUACCUUCUUAUACCCAUCCUAUGUACUGAUUCAUCUCAAACUGUAAAGCAAAAUAUAAGUAACAAAACCAGCAAUGAACACCAGAAACCCCACACAAGAGAGAAGUUCUUUUCAUGUUCAGAAUGUGGAAAAUGUUUUCCCUAUAAAUCACAUCUUGUUGCACAUGAAAAAUCUCACACAGGGGAGAAACCAUUUUCAUGUACAGAAUGUGGGAAACGCUUUACUCGAAAAUCACGUCUUGUUGACCAUCAAAAAACUCACACGGGGGAGAAGUCAUUUUCAUGUUCAGAAUGUGGGAAAUGUUUUACCAUAAAAUCACAUCUUGUUAAACAUCUGAGAACUCACUUAGGAGUGAAGCCAUUUUCAUGUUUAGAAUGUGGGAAGUGUUUUACUUAUAAAUCGGAUCUUAUUAGACAUCAACGAUAUCAUACAGGGGAGAAGCCAUUUUCAUGUUCAGAAUGUGGGAAAUGUUUUUCUUACAAAUCUACUCUUCUUGAACACCAGAAAACCCACACAAGAGAGAAGGCAUUUCCAUGUACAGAAUGUGGGAAAUGUUUUACUUAUAAAUCAACUCUAUUUGCACAUAAAAAAUCUCACACAGGGGUGAAACCAUUUUCAUGUUCACAAUGUGAGAAAUGUUUUACCCGAAAAUCACAUCUUGUUGACCAUCAAAUAACUCACACAGGGGAGAAGUCAUUUUCUUGUUCAGAAUGUGGGAAACGUUUUAGUGUGAAAUCACAACUUGAUAGACAUCUGAGAACUCACAUAGGAGUUAAGCUAUUUUCAUGUUUAGAAUGUGGAAAGUGUUUUACAUAUAAUUCCGGUCUUAUUAGACAUCAAAGGACUCAUACAGGGGAGAAACCAUUUUUAUGUUCAGAAUGUGAGAAAUGUUUUACUCGGAAAUCACUUUUAGUUGAACACCAAAAAACUCACACAGGAGAGAGGCCAUUUUCAUGUUCAGAAUGUUGGAAAUGUUUUUCUCAGAAAUCAACUCUGGUUGAUCACAAAAAAACUCACACAGGUGAGAAGCCAUUUUCAUGUCAAGAAUGUGGGAAAUGUUUUCCCCAUAAAUCAACUCUUGUUGCACACAAAAAAACUCACACGGGGGAGAAACCAUUUACAUGUACAGAAUGUGAUAAAUGUUUUACCCGAAAAUCAAAUCUUGUUGACCAUCAAAAAACUCACACAGGGGAGAAGUCAUUUUCAUGUUCAGAAUGUGGGAAACGUUUUACUCUGAAAUCAAAUCUUGUUAAACAUCAGGGAACUCACUUAGGAGUGAAGCCAUAUUCAUGUUUAGCAUGUGGGAAAUGUUUUAGUCAGAAAUCAUUUCUUGUUAAACACCAAAAAACGCACACAGGGCAGAAGCCAUUUUCGUGUUCAGAUUGUAGGAAAUGUUUUUCUCAGAAAUCACAUCUUGUUAGACAUCAAAAAAUUCAUACUGUGGAGAAGCCAUUUCUAUGAACUGUAUGUGGAAAGUCUUUUAAUAAAAUGUAAAAUUAGAUUUUGCAU